CUUCUGCAGCCAUCCGAUGCUGCAGAGAAAGGUGGGGUGCAAACCGAGCUCGCGUGCCAAUACACGUGCCUUCUCCUGGAUCACCUCUAGAGUUAACGGUAAUCCCGCCGUUGCAGCAGCACAAAUCCAUACCUUCAACCGUUCCUCGAGAACUGGGUGAUGGCCCCUGCGGAUUCGGCAUUCCUUGUCGGAGCGUGGAGAAACCUUGAGCCAUUCCUCCUUGUUCUUGAGAAUCUUGCAUAUGGUUGAACGGCUGGGGAGAACACCAAAUUCAGAUUCAACCCACUCUGCCAAUUCUGCAUGGCGCAAUGUUGGGUGCGCUUGAGCAUGCUUAUAGACGGAGCGUUUCGUAAGUCGAUUCAGACGAGCUCGGGUACAAAUUCGCGCCAUCGCUAACGUAACACGGUCUAGCGAGAGUGAUCUGGCUGUCGGGAGGGAUGUUCGAAGGGUUACACCCGCCAGUUUCAGUAUCGAAAAUGUCGCAACUGGGUGAUGUGUGAAUAAGCCUCAGCAGCGACCCCAUGAAUAUUGUCUCCCGCGGCUCGGCAGGGGCUCCAUGUUACUUACCACACCACCACAAAUCUCACGCCACUCUGUCUAGCUGCCCCUCUUCAUAGCCGACGUCGUCACUCCAUAUCGGUUGUGCGCCUAUUUUUCAGUCGCGCGUUGCAAACAUUCCAGUAAUUAGGGAAGCUCGUCUGUAAACUUGAAACAAAUUGAUUUUAGGACGUUGGCUCUGGCAGUCCUCACUCUCACUCACUCUCACUCCACUCUCACUCUCACUCUCCCUCUCGCUCUCGCUCUCUCUUCCACCUUAGGAAGUGCCGACCUGUCGCACUGGCAGUCAUGACUCAUGCGGGUCUUCCAGCCGUCAUGACACGUGUCAAUCAGAGUCGUCCAACGCGUAGGUGGGAUCGACGUCUCGGAGUCGAUUCCUUGGAGUACUUCGUCGCUAGUAGUAAUACUUCUGUGCUCACAGCGAUCGCAACUACAGCAUCAUGACAGGCCCAGCUCUCGCGCAACUGAGCUGUAAGUGGAACUGCGUCGCUCCCUCGCCGUCCGGCCGUCGCUCGGAACUUCCCCUUUUCAGUCUACGUCUCCGUCCCGUUCGCUCUUCUUUUCAUCGUUGCUGCGGCGAAGCCUCUCAUCUCAGUGGUUUCGCGAGUGCUGUCCAAGGUCGCCGCUGCCACGACCGGAGGUUGGCGUCAGCCUGCUCGCGCCCGCCGCCCCACGCGGCGCCGCCACUCGCUCCUCCACGCGCCCCUCUUCGUUCCGCGACCCGCGCUACAGCUCUUCGUUCCGCGACCCGCGCUACACGCCGUCUCGACACAACGAGACUAUUUCGGCCGAGUCUGUCGGGUGCACGAGCGUCAGAGUCCAUCAUGCCACGCGGAGCCAGGGGAUCCAGCGCUGACGCGUCCGACUCGUGUGGAGCAGCGCAACCCUCGUCUGGACCGAGCGCGGCGAGUGGGACUCCCACUCGGGGUGCUGAUCACAGCGAGACGGACCACCCUCUUCGCGGCCGCGUGCUCGGCCCUCCCCCCGCUGACUCGCUCUUCUGGGAUUCCCGCUGCUUCUCCGGCCCUGUGGUCGUACCCCCGUUACAGUCACACCCGGAUCCAGCGGCACCUGCUCAGGACUCCUACGUGCUCCCUGGCUCACCUCCUGCUGGGGCGCAGGUUGAAUCGAACAAGGUGACUUGUGAGUUAUGGAUUCAAAAGUCUCCUGGCGCGCAGGUUGAGCUGAACGAGGCUGCGGGUUCCCUUGUAUGGCGGAUGUACUACUAUGGGAGGGACUCGGACUGCUGGGCGAAGGGGGUUAAGGCCCUGCCCGUGCCCAUUGGUCGGGUGGGGCUUGCUGUUAGCAGGGACGGGGUGACGUGGCAUCGCGUGAAAGGGCCGUUGCCUGGCGGGGCUGUGCUGGAUCCUGCUCAGUCUGACGUGGCGUUUGACAGUGUCCACGUGGCAGUUGGGGACGUAUUCUGCGUGUGGAAAGCAGAGCGUGCCAAUGGUGAUGAGUCAGACUCUGCUGACGAUGACUCAGUGUGUGCCAUUGAUGACCCAGCAGCAUGCGCCGGUGCUGCUGAUGGUGGCACAGGCACCAGCACUGCUGGUGCAGCAGCCACAUGCAGCAGCAGCUGCAGCGAGCAGCGCGAAUGGUGCAUGCUGUACUCUGGGGGCAGCCUCAAACUUGUCGACCUGCCUGGACUGCCCGGAGUGAAAGUACAAGGUGCAGAGAUCCAGAUAGGAGCAGCAUGGUCGACGGACGGAGUGCACUUCCAUGGGAGAGCAGAGAGGCCGCUAUUGGAAAAGGGUGAACCCAGGGAGUGGGAUCAGUUUGGCGUGUCAUGGCCUCGUGUCGUCUGCCUGUCACCUGCACCUGCUGCUGCUGCUGCUGAUGCAGCAGAAUCUGACAGCAGCAGUGGUAACCAUGUUACUGCAUACCCGUGUCCGUGUGAUACAGGUGACACGUGGCUCAUGACCUACCACACACGUGGACAGGAUGAGCACGGGAAGGCAGGCUACUCUGCCGGAGCUGCUGUGUCACGAGAUGGUGGCAGAACCUGGCAGCGUCUGGGGAAGGUGCUAUGUGGGGGGGGACCAGGGUCGUGGGAUGAGCAGGGAGUGUCUGUGCGCAGCGUUGUGGCAGUGCCCUUUGGAAGAGGGCUGCCAUCUGAGUUUACUCAAAACAGACCCUCUGUAGGAGGGCAGCGUUCUGCAGAUGGCAUUGAUGCUGCAGCAACAGCAACAACACCAGCAGCAGCAGCACAUGCACGUCUCAUCAUGCUGUAUGAAGGAUGCAACAGCAGUAACGAGUAUGCCAUUGGCCUUGCCACAUCAGACAACGGUGGGCUGACGUGGCACAAGGCCAUUGGUGCAGGCCCCGAGCCAGGUGGGCCAGUGUUGAAGGCGAGGAGAGGGGAGGAGGCAUGGGACAACAUUCUUGUCGGGGCGCCUUAUGUGGUUCCCGGGCCGGAUGGCAACUUUUGGAUGUAUUAUGUGGGGGUGGGGCAGAUGCAGGGGGAUGAGGCGCCCAGGCAGGGGAUUGGGUUGGCUGUGAGCCGUGGUGGCGACUACACUAGGUGGGAGAGAUACGACAAUGUAUAGAUUGUUACCGGUAAAAGACCUUCGUUGUUUGUAGGUACUAGAUUUCGGUAACUGAAUGUUACCUCUGGUAAAGAAGCUUAUACAUGGUUCUGUACUGUACCUAACAAUACUAGUU